UGCUUUGGGGUUAAGAAGCAAAAGCAGAAGAUUGUGGUAAUGGUUGAAGAGAUAUCGUUAGAAGAGACCAACAGAAUUCGUAUUGGACUUGGUUUGAAGCCUAUUCCAACUGUUGCAGUAAAACCUACCAAAAGCCUACCAAACGAUCCUAUCAGUGUGAAAAAGUCCAAAUUUAACAAAACUAGCAAGUCUGAAAGAAAAGUUCAAAUCAAUGACCAAGGAUCGUUAAAUAAAGAUAAAAGUAAAUCCAAAGAAUCAUCAAAGCUAGAUAGCGUUGAUGAUACAGAUUCAUGGUUAAGUUCUUUAUUAGUUUCCAAAAAUAGUAGUAAUUCACCAACUUCUAAUGAAAAUACUAACAAUAGAGAUGAAAACAUUAUACAUGAGACUAAUGAUAAUGACAAUGUUCAAAAACAGGAUGCUCAAGAUGAUAUUAAGAUAUCCGAGCAAUUAAUAGGUAAAAUUUCUGUUGAUGAUGAUAUUAUUCUAACUUUGAAAGACAAAGAAAAUUUUUUAUCUGAUUCUGAGUCUGAUGAUGAUAAAUUUAAUCAUAAAAAUGACGAAUUGGUAAAUAAUAAUGAUAAUGAAUAUACUACUAAUUUACAUGAAGAUUCCAAAGAGAAAAAGAUUAAUAAUUAUGAGGAUGAAGAAUAUAUCAAUGAGCAAUUUCAACAAUAUCAAAAACAACUUGAUCAGAUUAAUAAUACUAAUAAUAUGAAAAAUAAAAAAUUGUAUUAUGAUGAAAUAGAUUUACAAUUUGAUAAAGACGAAAGACCCAAUGAUAUUCAGUCUUUAGAUUAUCUAAAAAGUAAAAAUAGCAGAUCAGUGACUUUUAAAAAAAAUAAGAAAAAGAUAAAGAAAAAUAAAAAAAGUAAAUCUAUGACAUUAUCAUUGAUGGGUAAUAAUGAAUCUGAUCACACAGGCGUUAAAAAUAAAAAUUUUGUUCACAUUGAUCUAAUAAAUGAUGAUGAUGGUAUUGUUGACGAUGGAGAAUUACAGCAGUUAUUAUCUUUACAAAGAAAAAAGAAAAAUCUUUUAAAUGCAAAAUUGUCAAAGUCAAAAAACAGUAACGAUAAUGAUUAUGAUCAUAAUAAUAAUAAUAUUUUUAUUAGUAGCAGCAAUUCACAUGGCUUAGUAAUUGAUGAAACCUCUGAUUUUUUAUCUUCAAUGAAAUCCUCUAAAAUUGCUCUAGAUACUAAAGAUUUAAAAAAUGAGGAGGAUGAAUAUAAAACACCUAUUGUUAGAAAUUCCAAGCGUAAGUUUCAGAAACUUGAUAAAAAUAAAAAUGAAAAAUUAAUGAAACAAAAAUUGCGAAAAAUAAAUGAAAAUCAUUUCACUAAUACUAUCAACAAUGAUAAUGAAAGUAAUAGUCAAUUUGAUGGUGAGCCAAAUUUCAGUUUGAGUUUAGCUGAUACAAUCAAAUUUCUCGAUAACAAAUCAAAUUCGAAUCAAAGUUCCAACUUAUAUUCUUUGAGCGAAAAUGAUGAUAAUUCUAUUAAUACAAAUUACAAAAAACAAAUGGCUUUAAAAAAUAAUCUAAAGUUAUUGAAAUUGAAUGAUGAAAUUAAAUCAAGAAAAAUCAAGCAAGAACUAAAGAGUAAUAAAAAUUUUAAUAAAUUGUCUUUGAAACAAAAGGAGCAAAUUUUGUCUCAGAAAAAUAAAGAAAUCUUCUAUAAUAAUCAAAAGCUAAUUGAAAAAAGUUUGAAAGAUUACAAUCCAGUUGUCGAGUUGAAAUAUUUUGAUGAUAAUGGAAAACUGUUAACAACUAAGCAAGCUUAUAAACAUCUUUCGCGUACUUUUCACGGAAAUGGAGCUGACAAAUAGUCUUGAAUUAUUUUGUUAAUUGAAUGGCUUUAUAUUACUCAAAAUUAUUGUGCUAUUAUAUUUCUAAUACU